CGCGCCUUCCACGCGCUGCGCGUCGCGCUUUCCACCUCCGCGUCUCCUCCCGCAUCAACGUCCACUACCGCAACCACUCCGUUUGUUCAACCUUGACACAACUCCGCCAAUUGAGCGCCAGCUCUCGAACGUUCAAUUCUUGAUAGAUUCGCAAAAUCCUACAGGCUAUACUCUCGGCAGCCAACGUACAAUAUGGAGGACCCCACGCCCGUUGCGCCGGUGCCCCAGAAACGUCCACACGAGAACGACGACACUGAGCCUUCCAUCUCAACUCCAGUUAAACAGAUUCACUCAGAAGCCUCUUCACCCCUUUCAGUUCUUUCGGUCCAAACCCCGUCACCCCUCAAGAGCAGUGCUCCAAAUUCAAACGCCCCAGACAACAGCAAUGCUUCAGCCCCAACCACCUCACAACCGGCCAAGAGACGGAAGCUUACCACACACGAGAAAGAAGCUCAACGUCUAGAGAAGGAGGCUAAGGCUAAGGCACGAGAAGAGAAAAAAGCGCAAAAAGAGGCAGAGGAGAAGGUGAAGGCAGAGCAGAAGGCACAGAAGGAUGAAGAGAAGCGAAAGAAGAACGAAGAACGGGAUGAGAAGAAGCGUCUUAAAGAAGAGGAACAACAACGGAUAGAAGAAGAAAAGGCAAAGAAGGCACGGUCUCAAAUGAAGCUGAAUGCUUUCUUCGUGAAGCCAAAAGCGGGAACCAGCCCAGGACAGGCCGUGGUAGCUUCAUCCCAGAACCUCACUGCUUCAUCUGUAUCUUUAACAAGCACAUCUGGAGUCGAUACUAAUUUGGCACCUCUAUCACCACAGAAGACCAUUGUUAAGAACGCACAGUCAGACUACGAGCGAUACUUCUUACCAUUCAACCUUCCUCCGCACACAAUCCUUGCGUCCACGAAUCCCCUGCUAGACGACCCGGAACGGUUGGAGACUGCCCGAACACGGCUAGAAAACAUUAUCACGCAGAAGAGUACUAGUACUGAGACCAUCACACGAGAGACAUUGGUAUCUUCUCUUCCAAGACGAGACCAGCGGACCCGCAAGACUGCGACCAUCGCGGAAGUCAUCGAGCGUGUAAAUGGCUCAUCAGAUCAACCCAUUGACCUGACUGCAGACAAAGGCCCGUUGGAAUUGCUCAAGGACAUUCCUAUGAAGUACAUUCACUUUUGCAAGGAUGUACGCCCGCCGUAUUACGGUACAUAUACCAGGCCAUAUACCGAUAUGGAGGCUUCUCGGCUCGCACGAAAUCCUCUCGCCAGGGUUCGGCAGGAUACUGACUAUGAUUACGACUCUGAGGCGGAGUGGGAGGAGCCUGAGGAAGGAGAAGAUCUGGACUCCGACGGAGAGGACGAUAACGAAGACGAGGCGGAAGACGACAUGGACGGUUUCCUCGAUGAUGAGGAAGACCCACAACUCAAACGACGACUCAUUAGUGGUGAUUUGGUUCCUGUGAGCACCGGCUUGUGCUGGGAGGACGCAGACCGAGUGUCCAGGUUGAACGAUGGUUCCGAUGCCAUAUGUACCGACUUCAAGGAUUUCAGGAUGGGUUUCCUGUUGGACCCGCAAAUGAGCUCAAUUGACCCGUUCUCCACGACAUACUGGGCUCCAGACCCUGCGACAGCUUCUACUACUGCCAAUGCUACGAAGAAAGACGGCUCUGCCAAUAGCGCUAUGAACCCGCCUCGAGCGCCUCUGGUUCAACGCUCCAUGAACGGCUUGCUUAACACGUUGAAUGGUCCGCAGAAAUCUGCUGCAGCUACUCCGACUAAGCCUGCGAAAGCCAAACGACUGGUACCCACUGAGCAGCUGCCGGCUUUCAAGGCCGAGAUUGAAGGUAAAGAUUUGACCAAGAUUGGUAUGAUCGAAGCGCUGAAGAAGGCGUUUCCAAAGUUGCCCAAGGAUGCUAUCAGCAAUACCUUGAGCGUAGUCGCUGCAAGGGUAGGCCCCACUGAGAAGGAGAAGAGAUGGGUGCUUGUCAACACCUGAAAGUGUCGCGUUGUUAACAUCACAUUCCGGUCAGCCCUUUGGCUUUCGCUUAUCAUGUAUGCUGCUUUUCCAUGUGUGUUAGUAACAUAUCUUGUUAACUACUUGGGACCUAUGGGGAUAGUCGUUUAACAUAGCGGGUGGUGGCGUAUACGGUCAAGGCUCAGGUUUCGGGUGUUCCAGAGCCAUUAGCAAGCGAUGUAUCUGCUUUUCAAAAGUCGAGCCGCGGUCCCGCGUUGUGGAAGAAAUGGAAUAUCAACAGUGUGUUGGGAGGCUAAACAAUCUCAUCAAGAUUGCACGAUGAACAAGGAUGUUAAUGUCAAGUUUAGUCGCAUGUGCCAUACACGCGCAUAUUAUCUGAACAAUUAUUAAGGGCG